ACAAAUGGUCCGGCCACCUGUGACCGGCGCACCGUCAUCUCAUGCGUGGGUGCACUCCUGGGGCUUAGCGUGCACGGCGGGGCCGUCGACGCGGGCAGCAGCGGCGCUCAAAGAAAAUCUCUCGUUUUCGUCCGGUCUCCACGACAAAUAUGCAGCGCUCGGUGGUAUAAACCGGACCGGGUGGGGUGGGGUGGGGCUCGGAAAUCACAUCGCCGUGCAGUCUGAAGUUCACACGCGCGGCGUCUUCUUCCUCGCGACCUCGCCCGUCCAGCAACGAGCCCGGGAUCGGGAGAAACAAGCAAGCCUCCCAUGGCGCUCGCGAAGGCCAAGGAGAUCGUCGCCUCCACCCCUGUUGUCGUCAUCAGCAAAACUUAUUGUCCUUUCUGCACCCGAGUAAAGCAACUGCUAGCACAGCUGGGGGCGAAUUACAAGGCUGUUGAAUUGGAUGUGGAAAGUGAUGGAUCUGAUUUGCAAUCAGCUCUCGCUGAGUGGACGGGGCAGAGAACUGUUCCGAAUGUCUUCGUUAAAGGAGAGCGUAUCGGUGGCUGUGAUGCGACCAUGGCAAUGCACAACGGUGGGAAGCUGGUGCCUCUGCUGACGGAGGCUGGAGCAAUUAGUGCCCCCCCCCCCCGGCACUGCAACUCCGUCUCUGUAGACAGCAUUCUGCUCGUUUGGUGGUUACAUGCAAUUGUUGUACUACUACUGUGGUUGUUGUAAAGUAAAGGUGAAUGAUGUGUUUCAUCGACCUGAAUCGCUUCUUGAUGUUGACUGUAAUUGUAGCUUUUGGUGGCUAUCAAGCCUCUCGGUAAAUCUUCAGACACCAAUAAAUCAUCUGUCCUGCUAGUUGAAUGUGUACGACUCUGUGCCCUAUCAGUAAAGGGGCCCUGUGAUUUGUGUUGGUACAA